UCUCCAGCCUCAGAGGCAGAUCAAGGCAAUGGCUCCGAAACAGCCGAGUACGGGUUUAUUUGUUGGAUUGAACAAGGGUCACGUUGUGACCAAGAAGGAAUUGGCUCCACGCCCGUCAGAUCGCAAAGGGAAAACCAGCAAGAGGGUACACUUUGUAAGGAGUAUUAUCCGUGAAGUUGUUGGCUUUGCUCCCUAUGAGAAGAGGAUUACAGAGCUUUUGAAGGUUGGUAAGGAUAAGAGAGCAUUGAAAGUGGCAAAGAGAAGGUUGGGUACCCACAAGAGAGCUAAGAAGAAGCGUGAGGAGAUGUCAAACGUGCUCCGAAAGAUGAGGGCUGGUGGAGCCGGUGACAAGAAGAAGUGAGACCUGCGUCCUCCAGUACUAAAUUCACUAGAAUGUGUCAUUUCAGUUCUUGUAGUUGCCCGCGGGUAUUGUUUAAUUCAUUGUCGUAAUGCGAGACUUGUUUUAGAAAUUUUGGUUUUUAGCUCGAGACAUGAGAAAUGGAGGUUACCAUAGUAAUGUUUUUUCUUGAAGUCUUAGCGUAUACUGCAUCACCAUUUUUUAACAUCUGAAUGUUGCCAUUGGUGUCUCUGCCUGAUGAUGAGUUAAAUCAACUUAAUCCUUUCACAUGCA